UGGAGACAGUUUGCGCGCUGAAGUGAAUGGCUGACAGUGGAAUAAUAUGAAAGAAGCAUGGAGAUUAUCUGUGUUUUUUGUUUUUACUUUCUGACCAUAACGUGAAAUGACUAUGUCCACCAAGUGUUUAUCCGCCGCUACGUUUGGCCCAUUUUUACUGAGCUGAAACAUGAAGAGCAGGAAACCGAGGCUCGCUAAAGCUGGAACCAGCAAGAGGAAAGUUUCCAGCGAUAUUUCACCAUCCACCAGUCUGCCGCCUUUAGUGGAGGGACAGCUCAGAUGCUUCCUACGGGUGACAGUCAGCCGUGUGUUAUGGACAAUGCACAAGCCUCCUUCAAACACUUUCGUCAGGCUGCGCUGGUGGGGGGAGACCUCCAGUGGGACUCACUUCUUUCCCAGAGACGGAUCACAGGCAUCACAGAAAUCAGUCAAGACAACAACACGUUUCCCCAUUCGCUGUGGACCAAAGCAGUUCACCUCAUACCUCACAGACAUGGGUUACAUUGUGCUCGAAGUCCUCACAAAACCUGACCAUUUACCAAUUGCACGAGCUCAAGUGGCUGGCAUCCCCCGUCUUUCUUUGUCUCACCCCAUAAGUGGUUUCUACACACUUGUUUCUCCAACAUCUGAAAAAAUGGGAGAGUUGCAGGUUUCACUUUGUUUGGAGCCUCUGACUGAAGCCUAUGACAGCAGCAGUUCUUGCCCUCCCACAGAUAUCAGCAUUGACAAAGCACCACAAGAAAUGUCUUCUGAACCCAAGGUCUCUGCUGGCAGUGGAAAGGAGUCAUCUGAAAGCACCAGCGCAAACACACCAAGAGGGAAAGAUCACCUAUAUUUUCAAAGAAUUGAACAAAACAAGGCAUUACCUGAAAACCAGACACUUGACAUUCACCCCAGUUUAGCAAAUCCUGCAGACAGUGGUACUGAUCCAACUAAUGAUUUACUUUCAGUGAUUUUGGAGCGAGGAAACAAACUGCGAAAUGCUAUGGUAGUGUCAGCUGUUGACACAGACAUAAACUCUGCCCCAACUGUCAUGGAUGGGCCCGUUCUCCUUUCACAUGAUAAUACCCAUUUUCACACCAAAUCUCCCUCUCCACCUCCGGGUACAUUACUUCAAAACAUAUUGCUUGCAAAUACAAACAGGGAGCCUUCUUGUGGUGUAACGGCUGUCUGUGACCAUGGCUUAGACACCUCAGACAUAGACCAAAAGGCUGUGGAUCUGCUUCUUGGCAGUACAUCUCCCCUUCCUCUUUGGGAUGACUUAUCAGUUCUGUCCAUCCCAAGCAGCCUGGGUGGAGACAGUGAACUGAAUGACCCACAGUAUGAUCAGAGCUUAUUGGAAAAUCUCUUCUACAAAUCUCCUGCCAUUGAUGAACAAGCUGCCAAUACAGAGUUGGGUGUACAAACUCAACAACAAAAACACAGUACAUCAGGAGCGAUUGAACAACCUCUGACACAGCCUGAAACCACAAAUGGAGUCAAAGACAUGGUUCCUCACAGCCUUUCUGCAGAACAGUUAAACAGGCUCAGCUCCAUUCAGCUGAUGAGGGUCUGUGUAGAUUCUCUGACUGUUCCCUCUGAAAAACCGUCCACUUCAUCUAGAAAUAACAGCAAAGGCAAACCUCCACGACCCCUAUCUACUAAAAAAUGCACAUAUUUUGUUGAGUAUGUUUUGCCACGAGUGUCUGCCAUACACCAUAAGAAUGCCGAAGAAGUGACUCGAGUAGUUUCCAGUAGGAUUACAGGAGAAGUUGUGAGGUUCUGUCAGCGCUCUUUAUUUCCUGUCCACUUCAGCACAGCAUUUGUCAAACUUUGGUGGGAAACUGAUCUUAUUUUUAGGAUAUAUUUGAGAAGAAGUGACCAAAAAAAGCCUAUUUUAUUUGGUAGAGCAGUUCAUCCACUGAGUCGUUUGCUGCUUAGUGAGUCAUUAUCUCAGUCCCUUUUGCUGCCUGUGAGUAUGGAAGAAGAGAGAGAAACAAAAUAUAUAGGACCCCUAAAGGUGACUCUUGAGCUUGUCACAGGAAAAAACGACUCACAAGUCCCUAUAAAGACACCGGCACAAAGAGAUACAACACCUUGGGAUACAACAGCCAUUCCAGUUAAUGCACCAUCUGGGCAUAAGAAAGUUUCUGCUGAGGUUCCAGUUGUAGAGGUUUCCGUGAGUUCUCCCAGACUCAUGGGAGAAGCUGUGUGCCCGGAGAGCUUUCACACUUCUCCAUCUCAGAACAGAGAUCCUCUGACAGAGGAAAGCACAAACAUCUUAUUGCAUGCUUUACUCAUGGUUCCUGAUGGAAGAGACUUUCAGUGUUCACCGUUACAAUCUCUAAAUCUCUACUUGAACUGUAAAUUCUUCUGGUGUGAUGAGACCGUAAGAUCCCAUGUUGCUUGGGGGCAGACAUCCCCUACGUUUAAUUUUGUACAGGUGACCCCAGUCACUUUGACAUCUAAACUGCUGGAGCGCAUGAAGAACAAUGUCAUGGUGAUUGAGGUUUGGCAAAAGAUCGGAAGUCCAAAGCAGGAUCACCUUCUUGGCCUUGUUAAACUACCUCUUCACCAGUUCUACAUGUCAUUCAGAGAUGUUAAGAUUGCACAUCUCCUUCUCCAAGCUCAAUACCCAGUAUUAGGAGUGGAUUGCUAUAUGCCUGUUAUAGAUGUUUUCUCAGGCAACUGUAAAGGAAACCUUAGAGUUAUUUUAGCUAUGGGGCAAACAGAACAGAUUUCUGCCCUCCAAUCAGCAAGAGGUGAAGAAUAUCAUUCUCCUGCCCCUGUGGUGAGGCCAGUCUAUCUGUUGGAUCAUCAUCAACAUUCAAAACAGCAUAAGCAGGUGACUAGAACUUGUAAAGAAAUAAUGAAGGAGCAUGUGUUUGUGGUAAAAGUGGAAAAGGUUGUUGGACUGACACCUCUGCAGUCCACUGUGUGGGGUGAGGCUGAUUGCUACAUUCAGUACACUUUCCUCUGUCAAGAAGGAGAUCUCACUGCAAAUACAGACCUCAUAGAAAGCACCAUCAACUUGAAGUCAUUUCGUACCACUACUACCCUUUGUGUCCCUGACCCUUUAUUUGGCCACACUGAGAGACAUGUGCUUUUGGCUCCUGAAGGAGUCCCCAUCCAGAAGGUUCUGCUCAGCUCACUGUCCUGCCAAGGCCUGAGCGGCAGGGGCGGAAUGCAGUUUGAAGUGUGGUGCCGAUAUUACUAUCCAAAUGUGCGAGAUCAGCUUGUGGCUAAAGGAACGCUUCCACUGUCAAAGCUGUGUGCUAUGGUAACCAUGCAGAGACUGAACAACGAGGUGCAAAGGUUUUCACUGCCACUGAUUCCAUGGACUGAUACAGAUCAGCAGCUUCAACCUUCAGGUUUGCUGGAUGUGUGUGUUGAAUACAAACACCGGCCUGUGAGGCCAGAGGGACAGAUGGGAAGAGGAGCUGCAUCUCGUGUUGUGACACUGGUGAUACAAAUCCACAGAGCGUCUGGACUCAAAUCGGCUGCCAGGGCUGUUGCAGAGACAAAUGAACGCUUCUGUUACUACACGUCUGUGGGUGUGAACAGCUACAUCACAGCUCAGCUCUCCUUUUUGCCUGAGCGUGAAACGAGAUGCACUCGAAUAGUGGCACGGUCCUUCAGUCCAGAGUUUGACCACUAUAUGGAGAUGUCAUGUGACCUGUUGCUUCAAAGAAGCAUAGGGGAAUCUAUCAGUCUGGCAGAGCAGCUGGAGCAGGCUUCUGCCAUAUUCACUGUGUGGAACAGAGAGAGUCGAAAAGGAGUUGAAGCUUCCCAACCAAAAGAUGUACAGUUGGGUACAGUUAAAGUUCCUCUCUCUAAUCUGAUCUAUAAAAGAACAGGCAUUUCAGGCUGGUUUGGAGUACAUGCAUUUAAACAGGCUUCUUCUGAGGAGCAGCCGAUCUUGGUUGGGGGUGUUGAAAUUUCCAUCAGGUUUUCCCAUCACUCUGACAGAGAAAGAGUGCUCAAAGCUGCGCAGUGUCUGGGCUGGGAAAUGGCCCAUAGAGUUUAUUUAAGAGAGGAGGAUGAGGAGUCCUGGGAGGAAAACCUUAGUAAAAUCUCAUUGAUUAUCUCUGUACCUCGAGCUUGGAUACCUGUGCACUGUCUGCUCCUGCCUGGCCUCAGAGAGAUGCAGCGCUCAACCUACUGCUACUUUAGAUACAAGUUCUACGACCAAGAAGCUUUCUGUUCUCACAUGAAGCAUCCGGUUGUUGAGGAGGAGAACAUCGCCACAGUCAGUUUUGAAGGAAGUGCAACAGUGGAGCUAAAAAGGACUCAACCCCUAAUUUGGUACCUGCGUGAAGAAAUGUUGGAGAUUCAAAUGUGGGUAGCUUUCACAAAGGACAAAACUCAAAGACCCUGUGAUACAGACCGACUGGUGGGUUCAGCAUUUCUGGAUCUGUCUGCACUUGCGAAAAUAUCCAAACAGAAACUUACACUAAGUGGAGUUUACCCAUUGUUCAGACGUUCCGCUGCUGAUUUACAAGGGGCUGCUCUCAGGGUCCACAUUACGCUGGCACUAGGUUCUGGACCAAGGAUGGCAGCUCAUACAGACACUGAUGAAGAAGUGCUCUUAUCUGAUGAAGUGCAUGAUACAGUACUAAACUCUAUUGAAAGAACGCAAAAAACUGUGCAGCAUAUAGAGAUAGACAAGAAUGAGUCUUUCCCUGUGACCAUUACAGUGGAUAAAGCCAUGCAUUUAAAUCUGACAGGUUGUCCUCUCACAGAUCAGAGUGAAGGGACCCCAUGUUGCUGUGUUUCUUAUGUUAGUGCAGACUCAUCUGAACCUGUCUUCACAGCUGUUAUUUCUAACAAUGACAACCCAGUGUGGGACCACCAACAUGAGUGCAGACUACCAAAGGACCUACUUGUGGAUCCUCAACAAUCUCUUGUCUUUAAAGUGUGGUACAAAGGAGAGAUUGAGAGGGUGAUUGGAUUUGCUUCAGUCGACCUAAUGCCUUUGCUCUGCGGCCUGCCUUCUGUCUGUGGCUGGUACAACAUCACAGACUUCAGUGGCCAUUGUCACGGCCAACUGAAAGUGUCCAUCACACCAGUCCAAAGAAUCCACGACCUCAGGCUACAAAGAAAGUCAGCGUGUGAAGAAAAGUUAACUAACUCAUCGGGUCACUCGAUCACUUACCACACAACAGCCACCUACAGCAGUUUCCCCUCACACAUCAGCCGCUAUCCUGAACAGAAAAUCUCCUCUCCAGACCACACAGAGAUACUGUUUUCUGAAAGAUCUAGUGUGAGUGACCGCCAUUUUGAGCACAUGGACAAAGUGCGCCUUUACCAUCAGAGCAUCCACGAGCAAAUAACCGCUCCCUGUGCCAGUGGUACAGGAGACCUAAAUCCAUCCAGCUCAAUCCUGUUUUCAGCUCUGAGAAAAAAACUAGGCGAGCUCGACAAUAUUCAAAGACACUUCAGUCGCAAACUCUCAACACCCACUUUUCCAACAACUGAUGAAGAUGUUAUCCAUAAACAAGAAGCACAGAAAACUUCUGAGAUGGACACUCCCCACCUUCUCCUCAAGUCUAAUAUGUUAAUCGGACAAGUCAGCAAUAUAAUUAGUGGUCUCCAAGGACAACAUUUGGAAACCAUACCGUCCAUCCCACAGAGUAACCUAAAUUCUCCUGUCGAAGACCCCGCCCCUCAGACUCCACACGGGACCCCAGAGUCUUCUCAUAAUACAUUUACAACUUCACAACAACCACUUUUGACAAACGAAGAGAUAAUACAUUCUAGUCACGAAGAAGACUUUCAAAGUGAUGUGAAUGCUCUGUCAGAGGAGGACCAAAGAAAAGAGACUGAUGAUGAAGAGGGAACAGGAUGCAAAAUCGACCAAGAUGCAGAGGAUGAUGAUGCUGAAGAUUAUGAGGAAACUGUUGUCAAACCUCGACAUCUGAAUGAACUGACGUCUUUAACAGAUAAAACCAGCCCCUGGACUAGCAUUUUAUCAGACCCCGAGUUAGUUUCUCUUGAAAGUAUUGACACUGAAAUAAGUCAUGGUGAGAAAGACGAACAACUGACCUCAGAGCUGCCCAUAAAGGACGCCAGUGAUAAUACCAAUUAUGAGUCUGAAGAGAACAGUAAAGGUGAUAAUAUUUCAGAAAAAGAGGAAUCAGAUACAGAUGACGAAAGUCCCAGGACAUGUGAAAGUUUACAUUUGAAGAUAGAAGACAAGGAGCCAGAGUUUAACAGUGAGUCAGAGGAUGAGCCAGAUGGAGAUUUCUCAACGAAAAUCCACAAUCCUAUCAGUGCAGAGAAGAUCAAUGACCCACAGCCAAAACUACCUGUUUUUCCGGAGGUGCCAAAUUUCUUCCUCUCUCCUCACCAGAUGGAGGCAUCUAUGAAAGUCAUACGUUUGGCUCCAUCUUUUUCCCAAUCUCCUGUCGACCUUGGACCCAGUGCUGUACCGGCAAGAGGCCCUAGGCUGCGCCCCAAUAUGUCGCCUUCAUCUUUAAGGAAAGAGACGGACAGAAUAGCCAAGAUAUUUGCAGCUCAUUUUGACGAGGCUCAAAGAAAUUGACGAAAUUGUGUAUUAUACCAUAAUUGUAGUCAAUACAAAUCAUGUAUGUAUAAUUUAAAGUUUAAUUUUUGUAUUUAUAAAUAAAUAUUUUCUACAUGAUUA